AUGACGUCCCUAUCGUGGCUGCUGCUGGCUGCCGCCGGUCUGUCCCUGGUGGCGGCGUCCUGCGACAAGUCGCUGCUGCCCGAGCUGACGUUCACGCUGAACGGCGCCCACCUCGCCUGGCCGUGCACGUCGACGCGCAACAUCUACGCCUCGUCGGGCCGCUACGUGUCGCGCAACAUCAUCGCCACGCGCGUGCAGAUCUUCAAGGACGAGGCCAUCGUGGCGACGCCGCGCUACAAGCCGGGCGUGCCCUUCACGCUGGGCAAGCUGUCGCUCAAGAGCAAGGACCACCAGGCGGUGCUGAGCCCCUUCCCCUGCUGGAGCCUCCAGGAGGAGGGCAACUGCCAGGCGCUGCAGUCGGUCGUCGACCUGUUCCUCGACCCGCAGGACAUCCUCUGGGUGCUCGACGUCGGCAUCGUCAACACGCUGGACCAACCGAUCCGGCGCUGCCCGCCCAAGAUCGUCGCCAUCAACGUGAAGACCGGCAAGGUGGUGAAGGUGAUCGACCUGUCCGGGCUGGUGUGCUCGGCCAGCCGGCUGCAGUACCUGGUGGUGGACUACGCCGAGGACGGGCGCGUCUUCAUCUACGUGAGCGACGCGGCUACGCGCGCCAUCAUCGUGUUCGACGUGACGGCCGGGCGCGGCUUCCGCGUGGUGCUGCCCAAGGCGGUCACCGACGGCUGCCUGCGCCGUGACGUGCUCUACCUGGCGCUCGUCCGCAAGCCGUGCGGCACCACCGUGCUCUACUUCACCUACCUGUCCUCCGGCCGGCUCUUCUCCAUCAAGACGGCGCACCUGCGCCGCGGCAACGCACGCGGCACCGUCGUCGACGUCGGCCCGAAGCCCACCAACCUGGUCAUCCUGGGGACGGACGGCGGCACCGCCCUCUUCUUCCGCUACAAGGGCGACAGCGAGAUCUACCUGUGGAACACGGAGACCUGCUUCAAGGAAGAGAACUUCAUGCUGGUGCAGCAGGCCGGCGAGUGCCGCCUCGCCACGCAGGUGGUGCCCGGCUACAAGCGACUCAUGUGGGUGCUGGAGAGCAACUUCCAGGACUACAUCCAGAACACCGUGGGCUGCGCCGGCGCCUCCGUCUCCCUGCACCCGCUCGUCAAGGGCUGCGAAUAA